AUGUUAAGAUCAAUCCGUUUCGCUCGGAUAGCAUCAUCUCUCACAAAUCUGGUUGGUCGUAGGAGAUCGUUGAUUCCAAUCUCUUCUUUUCAUUCUCUUCAUUACGAAAUCUGCACUUUCUCUGCAUUUCACUCGUUCUCCAGAUGCACUACUCCCUCUGUCACCUAUCCUUCAUCUCUUACACUCCGGCAAGUCUCUCCCAAUGCGGAUCAUCCGCAACUCAGACUAUCAGCUUCAUUUAACUCCGAGAGUAGCCAUGGGGAGAGCAGGGAAAUAAUGGUACAGCAUUUGCUUCUAAAAGAAGACGACCAGAAGCUCUUGGACGAGCUUCAACAGAGAAUAGCUGGAGGGGGGGAUUUAGCUGAUCUUGCUGUUGAAUACUCAAUAUGUCCCUCCAAGGAGAAGGGGGGAAUGCUUGGAUGGGUAAGAAAGGGACAAAUGGUGCCAGAAUUUGAGGAGGCUGCUUUUAGUGCACCUUUAAACAAAGUUGUGAAAUGCAAAACUAAUUUUGGAUGGCACUUGCUACAAGUUCUUUCUGAGAGGGAAGAGUCACUGCUUAAAGACAUUGAACCAGAGGAGUUUCAUGCAAAACUGAAGGACCCUAGUUUCAACGAAGAGGCUCAGUUGAUAGAUGUCCGGGAGCCUGAAGAAGUGUCUCGAGCAUCUUUGCCAGGAUUCCAUGUUCUUCCUCUACGCCAGUUAGGAAGUUGGGGACCUGAAAUAACUAGCAAAUUUGAUCCAAUGAAAGAUACAUAUGUCCUGUGUCACCAUGGCAGGCGAUCGUUGCAGGUUGCCAAGUGGUUACAGACUCAGGGGUUCAGGAAAGUGUUCAAUGUAGCUGGGGGAAUACAUGCAUAUGCAAUCAAGGUCGAUCCAUCAGUUCCGACUUACUGAGAUAGUAUUGCCAUAUGUUUUCUUGGC